AGGGCCUCGACAGCUAUCCCGUGAGCCAAAUUCGUAGACACCUGUACAGUCAUUCACUCGAGUAUUCAAACCAUGUCUGAUUAGUAGUCCACAUAACUAGCAACAGUCCCGCGCUCUACCUGGCGUUUUCCAAUCUUCUCUCCGCAAUACACUCGUUAUUUAAGGCGAACAGAAAACGAAGCCAUGAAACCGCUGCAGUUCGCCCCUUGGUCUUCGGACAUCGAGCUUGCAUUCUAUGCCACGUUAGCUUCGCUUAAGAUUGACAAAGACCGCCUCGAUGACUCGGCGCGUAAGGUUCUGGGCUUAUACGAGUUGAAGCCCGGCGACAAGCCAGAGCGCAGUGCUCGUAUGCAAAUUCACUCGACAGCUCUUACCACAGAUGAAGCUCCGGGAGGCUACUAUCGCGCUGAGGGUUACAUCAAGAACUACAACACUAUCGAAGAGUAUAAGAACGCCGAUCGCUCAUCUGUUGUCGAACUCGCCGGUCGCACGAUUUGGGAGGCUAUUCAUGAUGAGACCAUCUACUCGUGUCCUUCUCUCUUGUGUUCCUUUUACGUACUCUCCUUCGCGAACCUCAAAAAGUACAAGUUCACCUACCACUUCGCAUUCCCUGCGCUGCACUCAGACCCAGCUUGGAAGAUCGUUGACGACUCAAACGUGAACCAGAGGCUGGAGAAAAAUGAGACAACGCUGCUGGUUGAGUCCGUGCAGACAUGGCGGUAUGGUGUGGAUGCGAGACAGCAUGGUUUCUUUCUUGCAAAAAGAGUUCAUAAAUUUUCAGCCCAAAAGGAUUCAAAACAUGAGGAGGUGGAGGAGGACGAGGAAGAAGAUGGACCACAAAAGACACCGCAAACCCCUGGAUUGCAAGAUGAGCUCGGCUUUCAGUGGGUCAUUGGCUCGCUAUCCAAAUUUAAGGAUGGCUUUUUCGACGGCGUGGAUGCGGCAGAUCAGUUUAUAUGCUUCGCAGAUCCCUCCACCUACCCAUCAAAUCCAGGUUGGCAGCUCCGUAAUCUCCUCGUACUGAUUCGGCAACUUUGGCGCUUGACCUCUGUUCAAAUCCUUUGCUACAGGGAUACACAUGCUCGACGAGACCAGGCCAACAGUCUGAUUCUACGACUGCAGACCGACUCUGUUGGCGAAGAACCGCAGUACUCACCAGGUGGAUCAAGGAAAGCACCACCAAUGCCGAAAGUCACUGGCUGGGAGCGCACGGAUACGGGAAAACUGACGAGCAGGACUGUGGAUCUGGCUGCUUACAUGGACCCUACAAGAUUGGCAGACCAGGCUGUGGAUCUGAAUCUCAAGCUAAUCAAAUGGCGCAUAGCACCAAAUAUCAAUCUCGACGUUGUAAAGGAUGUCUCGUGUCUGCUCCUCGGAGCAGGAACUCUGGGAUCCUACGUUUCACGUAAUUUGAUGGGAUGGGGAGUCCGCAAAAUAACAUUUGUGGACAAUGCGACUGUGUCAUUCUCAAACCCUGUGAGACAACCGUUGUUUAGCUUUAAGGAUUGCCUCGACGGAGGCGCGAAGAAAGCCAUUCGGGCAGCUGAAAUGCUUAAGGAGAUCUAUCCCGGAGUUGAAGCUGAAGGUCACGUCAUGUCCGUGCCCAUGGCCGGUCAUCCAAUUCUCGACGAAGCGGUUGUCAAGGGAGAGUUUGAUAAGUUGAGAUUGCUUAUCGAGAGCCACGAUGUCAUUUUCCUGCUACUCGAUACGAGAGAAUCCCGGUGGCUUCCCACGGUAAUGGGGAAAGCCGCUAACAAAAUCGUCAUGAAUGCUGCUUUAGGAUUUGAUUCCUUUGUCGUGAUGCGGCACGGAUUGCUUGCGAGGGGAGAUGAGGAAACAGAGCUUGGCUGCUAUUUCUGUAAUGAUGUUGUUGCCCCCGCUGAUUCGAUUCGAGAUGCAACGUUAGACCAGCAGUGCACGGUGACAAGACCAGGCAUCGCGCCCAUAGCGUCGGCUAUGCUUGUAGAGCUACUCGUCAGUAUCCUACAGCAUCCUCUACGGGCACGAGCACCACACACCACCGAUUCUCGAAAGACUGAAACGAAGCAACCCAAUACGCAGGUCUAUUCCCAUCCCUUAGGUGGCGUGCCACAUCAGAUUCGUGGAUUUUUAGGGACUUGGAACAAUAUAAGUGUCGAAGGUCGGCCAUAUGAGCAUUGCUCUGCAUGUUCUCAGAAGAUCGUGGAGAGAUAUAAGCAGGACGGCUGGGAUUUUGUGAAGAGAGCAAUCAACGAGAAAGGCUGGGUCGAGGCGGUCAGCGGAUUGGCAGAAGUACAGAGACUAGCAGAGGAAGCGGAGAAGGAUAUGGACUGGGAUGAGGACGAUCAGGGAGCGGAGGAGGGAGAUGGGGAGCUGAUAUGAUGCAUUGAGUUCAUGAAAGAGUUUACGGAGAAACUUACGAUUCGGAUUUCAGAUUCAUUUGCUUGGAUUAGAGGCUUUUGGAGAACCAAAUGAUAUACACGCAUUACAAUGCUUGUAUUGAUAACGUAUUAUGUACUGAUACGACGCGCAAUAGAUAUAUGAAAUUUCAUAUAUUCAAGUUUUGGCUUGAUGGUAGUCUCAAAUUGAAAGCCC